CUCCGCUUUCAUGUGCCUUGCAGCCAAGUUUCCCUUGCAGCCGACAAGCACCAAAAACACCCUCUCCCAGAAUGGGUGUAACACAUUAGUGGAGGAACCAGAAGUCGAAAUAAUAGAUCCAGAUGGGACUAUCACAUAUCAUCAAGCUAGACUACAGGUGCCUACACGUCAUCAAGGCUCCAUAACAUGCAGUCAAUUAUCUGAGCACAGAAUGGAAGAUCGCAUUCAAACAACUGGAGCUUAUUUAGUAAGUGAGCAUGAAAAGAGAACAGACGAGGAAGUCAUUUUAUCACAAAACUCUCCUGACUCUCUCAUUCUUCAAGCCAAUGAAGAACUCAGGUCAAGCUCCGGAUCCAACUCAGAAUGUGAAGACCAACCAAGUUGGCCCAACUUGAACAAGAAUAGUACUCGAGCAAACCGUUCUCCACCGGCAAAGUGGCCUGCUGCAUUCCAGGAAUACCAGAGUCACUUUAUGAGGAAUACACAAUCAGAAAACAUGUCCAUCUUCAGGAAUCAUAAGUCAGAAGCUGUAGCGGGUAUCAGGCAUAAUCAAACUCUUGAUGCUGAGACGUACUUGCAUGGUUAUCCAAUCAAUCCACAUGUUCAGGGCCAAGAAAAAUCAGCAAGAACUUCCAGUAGUUUCUGGUUGACCAUGACACCAGAAUUUGGAAAACAUGAAACAGCAUGCCGUGAGAAAGAAAUUGCCUCCUCUUUGACUUCAAUAACUCCAGAACCCAAUGCCGCAAAAGGAGUAGACUUCCUGAGCAGAAGCAUGAAACAGAUAACAGGAAGUUCAAGUACUUUGACAGCUCAGCAAACCACAGUGCCCAUUGUUCAUGCACCAAGAAUGGAAGAAUAUGCAUUUGCAAGUAAGCACAGAGAAGAGGAAGGAAAUUUACAAAUGCAGCCUCACAAUGGAAAUUAUCAACAUUCUGUAAGUUGCCAUCCAAAGGAGAUGUCAAUGGCCUCACAACUAGAAAGCACUUGCAUCCGACAGUCAGUAAACCGUGCAGAAGCCAUUGCUAAAGGACAAGAAGAGGUUCAAGCUUAUAUUUCAAGCGAGCAACCCAGUGUAACAGGCACCAGCAUCUCAAAUACAAGAAAAAGGAAAACUGAGGAAGGAGAUAAGAAAGCUUUUGACUGGGAUAGCUUGAGAAAGCAAGUCCAACCAAAGAGUGGGAAAAAAGAAAGAAGCAAGAAUGCAAUGGACUCACUGAACUAUGAAGCAGUUAGAUGUGCACCAGUUAAAGAAAUCUCUGAUGCUAUUAAGGAACGAGGGAUGAACAACAUGCUGGCAGAGCGAAUUAAGGACUUCCUCAAUAGACUGGUAACGGAUCAUGGAAGUAUUGACCUAGAAUGGUUGAGAGAUGUGGCCCCAGAAAAAGCAAAAGAGUAUCUAUUAAGUAUUCGUGGACUGGGCCUGAAAAGUGUAGAGUGUGUGCGGCUAUUAACACUUCACAACCUUGCUUUUCCAGUUGACACAAAUGUUGGACGAAUUGCUGUGCGACUAGGAUGGGUUCCUCUCCAACCACUUCCUGAGUCACUGCAGUUGCAUCUUCUUGAACUGUAUCCGGUUCUAGAGUCAAUUCAGAAGUAUCUCUGGCCACGACUGUGCAAGCUCGACCAGAGAACAUUGUAUGAAUUGCACUACCACAUGAUUACAUUUGGAAAGGUUUUUUGCACCAAAAGUAAACCAAAUUGUAAUGCAUGCCCGCUGCGAGCUGAGUGCAGACACUUCGCUAGUGCUUUCGCAAGUGCAAGACUUGCCCUUCCUGGCCCACAAGAGAAGAGUAUAGUGAGUUCGACAGUUCCAAUCUCUGGUGGAGGAAUUGCAGCUGCCCCACUCAAGCCUAUGCUAUUACCCCCAGCAGGUGAAGGGAGAAUGAUUAGCCCAUGUGCUCCGGUUGAAGCUGGAAACAUCCCUGAUUUCCUGAACAAACCAAUGCCAAUACCUCAAGAGAUAACCAACUUGGAUAGAGAAACAACUCUCAUUACCAGCAAUUGUGAACCUAUUAUUGAGGAACCAAAAUCACCAGAACCGCUGCCAGAACUUUUGGAAAGUGACAUUGAGGAUGGAUUUAUUGAGGAUCCUGAUGAAAUUCCAAUGAUCGAACUCAACAUGAAAGAGUUUACGUCCAAUUUGGAGACUAUUUUGCAGGGGCAUAACAAAGAAGGUGAGUUAUCCAAAGCUCUGGUGGCUUUGAAUCCAGUUGCAGCUUCAAUUCCUACUCCCAAGCUGAAAAAUGUCAGUCGCCUACGGACAGAACACCAAGUGUACGAACUCCCAGAUUCUCAUCAAUUGUUGGAAAAGCUGGAUAAACGAGAACCUGAUGACCCAAGUCCAUACCUUCUGGCAAUAUGGACACCAGGUGAGACUGUAAAUUCAAUUCAACCUCCUGAAACAAAGUGUGAUCCCAAUGGCUCGGGGAGCCUGUGCAAUGAAAAGGAUUGCUAUUCAUGCAAUGGCAUUAGAGAAGCAAAUUCACAAACCGUAAGAGGCACGCUACUGAUACCAUGCCGAACAGCAAUGAGAGGGAGCUUCCCACUCAAUGGCACAUACUUCCAGGUCAAUGAGGUUUUUGCGGAUCAUGAAUCCAGUCUUAAUCCAAUUAAUGUUCCGAGAAAAUUGCUAUGGUCCCUGCCAAGAAGGACCGUGUACUUUGGGACCUCUGUCUCAACAAUUUUUAAAGGCUUGUCAACAGAACAAAUUCAGCACUGCUUCUGGAGAGGAUUUGUCUGUGUGAGGGGAUUUGAUCACAAAACAAGAGCCCCACGACCUCUCAUUGCUAGAUUGCACUUCCCCGCAAGUAAGUUGGUCAAAAAUAGAAGUGAUGACAGAAAAAAGGAGGGAGCUGCUGCAGAGAAGGCUGCUGGUUACAAUUCACCCAAAUCUGCCCAUAUGAAGUAGAGAAACACUGCCGAGUAGGAUAAGAAUUUGAUGACUAACACAUUGUUGACAUUCAGUAACCUCACCUUAACAGGAGAUACAAGUUUACAUGUUACAGCAGCACAAUAUUUGAAGUCACCCCUUGGCAAAGAGGGUGUAGUGUACAAUAAACAUCUCCUAUUCUUUCAUUUAUGCUCACAAACUGAGCCAUUUUUCAAGAAUUAGCAAUACAAAGCAAUAAUAGAUGUAGGAAAAUUGAGAUGUAACGUUCAUUGUUUGAUUGUGCAAACAGUUAAUGCCAAUGCAAUGGAAUUUUUUUUUAAUUCA